AUGAACUUCUCCGAGGAUCCAGAACUGCAGCCCCUCCUCCUGGAACUGUUCCUCUCCAUGUACCUGCUCACAGUGCUUGGGAACCUGCUCAUCAUCCUGGCUGUCUCCUCAGACUCCCACCUGCACACACCCAUGUACUUCUUCCUCUGUAAUAUUGAAAUUCAAAACCUCACACAUGUCCCAGAAUUCCAUCUCUUGGGCUUCUCAGAGGAUCCUGAAUUGCAGCCCUUUCUCUUUGGGAUUUUCCUCUCCAUGUACCUGGUCACAGUUUUUGGGAACCUGGCCAUCAUCCUGACUGUCACCUCAGACUCCCACCUGCACACACCCAUGUACUUCUUCCUCUGUAUCCUAUCCUUGGUUGACAUGGGAUUCACCUCCACCACGGUUCCCAAAGUGAUUGUGGCCAUCCUUACUCACAGCACAGUCAUCUCCUAUGCUGGAUGCCUGACUCAGAUGUCUGUGUUUGUCCUCUUUGCUUGCAUGGAUGAUUUCCUUCUGACAGUAAUGGCCUAUGACCGGUUUGUUGCCAUCUGUCACCCCCUGCAUUACCAGGUGAUCAUGAACUCCUGCCGCUGUGGCUUCUUAGUUUUAGUGUCCCUUUGGGCCAGUCUUUUGGAUUCCCUGCUGCAGAAUUUGAUGAUCUUGCAAGUUAUCUGUUUCACGGGAGUGGAGAUUUGUAAUUUCUUCUGCGACCCUUCACAAAUUCUCAAACUUACUUGCUCUGACACCCUCAGCAGUGACAUAGUCACAUAUAUUGUAAGCAUCUUGUAUGGCUUUCUCCCUAUGUCAGGGAUCCUCUUCUCUUACUAUAAAAUUGUGUCCUCCAUUCUCAGAAUCCCAUCUCGAGGUGGCAGGUAUAAAGCGUUCUCCACAUGUGGCUCUCACCUGACAGUGGUUUGCUUAUUUUAUGGAACAGGCAUUGGUGUGUAUCUCAGUUCAGCUUUCUCACUUUCUGCUGGAAAGGGUGCCUUGGCCUCAGUGGUGUACACGGUGGUCACCCCCAUGCUCAAUCCCUUUAUCUACAGCCUGAGGAACAGAGACAUGAAGAGAGCCAUGAGAAGGGUACUCAACAAAUUAGUCUCAUUCCAGUGCCUGAGCUAUGCAUUUGGACUUUGUGGGAAAAGCAGCAAUACUACUCAUUAG